AUGACCGGCCAACUCACCUGGCUCGUGACCGGCUGCUCGUCUGGCCUGGGCGAAGCGCUCGCCCACGCCAUUCUCGCCAAGUCAUCGCCACCGCUCGCGCAAAAAGGCGCCAGCGGCGUUGAGCGCCUGGCGUCGCUAAAGGAAGCCGGCGCGGCAGUGCUCGAGCUCGACGUCACCGAACCGCAGGAGGUGCUGAAUCAGAAGGCAAAAGAGGCAUGGAAUAUCUACGGGCAUGUGGACGUGCUGGUCAACAACGCGGGGUACAUUAAUGCUGGGACUGUGGAGGAGAUCGACGAGCAAUUCCUCACCAACGCCCUGCGUAACAACAUCUUUGGCCCGCUGAACCUCACUCGCGCAUUCCUCCCGCUCAUGCGUGCCCGCCAGACCGGCACGCUGCUCUUCAUGUCGUCUGUGGGCGCCUACUACGGUGCCCCCGGCGCCGCCAGCUACUCAGGCUCCAAGGGCCCGCUGGAGGGCUUGAUCCCGAACCUCGCGCUCGAAGUCGCGCCCCUUGGCCUGCGCACCUGCCUGCUGACGCCGGGAUACUUCCGCACCAAGGUCAUGACUCCCGGCAACAUCCUGUACCGCGCGCCGCACCCGCUGCCCGAGUACGCCGAGAUGAACAAGCGCAUCCAGGCGGGCUGCAAUGCCGCGGACGGCAACCAGCCGGGCGAUCCCAAGAAGGCCGCGGCGCUGAUUGUCGAGGCCGUCCGCGGCGAAGGCCGGUGUGAGGGCAAGACCCUGCCCCUGGGGCCGGACGGCUUCCGCGCGGUGCGGAACAACUGCCAGGAGAAGCUGAAGAUCUGCGACGAGUGGGAGGAGAUUAUGUCGCAGACAAAUCUGGAGUGA